GGUUGUGCCGGGCUGGGAGCCGGGGGAAGAGAGGUCGAGGAGCGGCAUGGAGCGGGCAGCGGGCAGCGGCACAGCGCUGGGUACCUCGCUGGCCGAGGGGCUGAUCAAAUCCCCGCGGCCGCUGAUGAAGAAGCAGGCGGUGAAGCGGCACCACCACAAACACAACCUGAGGCACCGCUACGAGUUCCUGGAGACGCUGGGGAAGGGAACCUACGGCAAGGUGAAGAAAGCUCGGGACCGCUCCGGUAAACUGGUAGCCAUCAAGUCCAUCAGGAAAGACAAAAUCAAGGAUGAGCAGGACCUUGUCCAUAUCAGGAGAGAGAUUGAGAUCAUGUCCUCCCUCAACCACCCCCACAUCAUCGCUGUCCACGAAGUGUUUGAGAACAGCAGCAAGAUUGUCAUUGUGAUGGAGUAUGCCAGCAAGGGGGACCUGUACGACUACAUCAGCGAGCGGCAGCGGCUGACGGAGCAGGAGGCUCGGCACUUCUUCAGGCAGGUGGUGUCUGCUGUCUACUACUGCCAUAAGAAUGGGAUUGUCCACAGGGAUCUGAAGCUGGAGAACAUCCUUCUCGACUCCAACAGCAACAUCAAGAUUGCAGACUUUGGCCUAUCCAACGUCUACCAGCAGGACAAACUCCUGCAGACUUACUGUGGCAGCCCUCUCUAUGCAUCCCCUGAAAUCAUCAAUGGGAGACCCUACAAAGGCCCAGAGGUGGACAGCUGGUCCUUGGGUGUCCUCCUCUACAUCCUGGUCCAUGGCACGAUGCCCUUUGAUGGCCACGACUACAAGACUCUGGUCAAGCAGAUCACCAGUGGGGAUUAUCGGGAGCCCACGAAGCUGUCAGAUGCCACGGGGCUGAUCCGGUGGAUGCUGAUGGUGAACCCGGAGCGCCGUGCCACCAUCGAGGACAUUGCCACGCACUGGUGGGUGAACUGGGGCUACAAAGUGCCCCUCGGGGAGCAAGAGCUGCUGCGGGAGAACGAAUCCCCCCUGGCCACGGUGGCAGAGUGGCUGCGCCGCUCCUCCCGGCCCCUGCUGGAGAACAGCUCCAAGGUCCGAUGCUUCUUGAAGCAGCACAUCCCCAGCGUGGCCCUGGAGAGGCAGCGCUCCCUCAAGAAGUCCAAGAAGGAGAACGAUGUCUCGCACACGCUGCAGGAGGCGGCUCUGGCUCCGGACAACCCCUCCAAAUCCAGCCUCAAAAGGCCCAACGGCAUCCUGAAGAAGAGAAACUCCUGCGAGCAGAAGGUAGCCAGCCCUGGCCCCCCGCCGGCAGUGCCCGUGGGAGAGCUGAGGGCAGAGGAUGCAGAGGUGGCUGCCGCGGGUCUGGCUGCCGCGGGUCUCGCCCCGCUCCUGCCCUCUGGCAUGCUGCCCUGCAGCACGGAGCUGGGAGCUGUGCCCAAGAAGGGAAUCCUGAAAAAGCCCUCGGCCAGGGAGUCUGGAUACUACUCCUCCCUGGAAUGCUGCGAGUCCGGGGAUGUCCUGGAUGCAGGGAGCUUGGACCUGGAUGGGAGCGUCUUUGCUGACCCCCCCUUGCCAGAGCAGGACCCCCAGGGGCUUCCUACUCACAGGAAAGGCAUCCUCAAGCACAACGGCAAAUACUCCUCCGGCGGCACCGAGCCGGACAGCCCCCCCGGGCAGGGCUUUGGGGGCUUCGGCGAGGUGCCCCUGCCCCAGGCACCCCGCGCCCGCCCGGCCAGCGCCGUCAGUGAGGACAGCAUCCUCUCCACCGAGUCCUUCGACCAGCUCGACCUGCCCGCCCGUGUCCCCCACGCCGGUGGGACCAUGCGGGGCUGUGUCUCUGCCGACAGCCUGCUGCGGCUGGAAGAGGAGGAGGAGCUGGAGGAGGGCCGCAGGCUGCGCCGAUGGACUGUGACCCACUGCCGCAGCCCCCUGCGACAGAGCAGCUUGUCCCUGGCGGGCUGCGACAACGUCGCCGAGGGCUGCCACCGUGCCCUGCCCGUCGGCAUGAAGCUGAGCUGAAGGCAUCUCCCGGCAGGGCUCUCCCCCCCGGGGUGCUGCGUUUUGGGGAGGGGGCUGAGCCCUCCCUGCCCUCCGGGGCUGUUGGUGCUGCUGAGCCACAUCCCAAAGUGUUUAUGGUGCAGCCUCGGGGCGUGGGCAGAUGGAGAGAAAACUGAGUGGCUGCGGGGGCGUGGGUGAGGGAUGCUGCGCGGCCAGGGCGUUCAGUGGACCAAAGCCCCGAGGGAUCUGCCCACUCACCCCCAUGGAGGGGCUUGGAGGGCAACCCCCCGAGGGAUGCUGCCCACUCACCCCCAUGGAGGGGCUUGGAGGGCAAACCCCAGAGGGAUGCUGCCCACUCACCCCCGUGGAGGGGCUUGGAGGGCAACCUCCCGAGGGAUGCUGCCCACCCACCCCCGUGGAGGGGCUUGGAGGGCAAACCCCAGAGGGAUGCUGCCCACUCAUCCCCAUGGAGGGGCUUGGAGGGCAAACCCCAGAGGGAUGCUGCCCACUCACCCCCGUGGAGGGGCUUGGAGGGCAACCUCCCGAGGGAUGCUGCCCACUCACCCCCAUGGAGGGGCUUGGAGGGCAAACCCCAGAGGGAUGCUGCCCACUCAUCCCCAUGGAGGGGCUUGGAGGGCAAACCCCAGAGGGAUGCUGCCCACUCACCCCCGUGGAGGGGCUUGGAGGGCAACCUCCCGAGGGAUCUGUCCACCCAUCCUCAUAGAGGGGCUUGGAAGGUCCCAGAGGCUCCUUGCUGCCAUCCUCCCUUUGCAAACAGACUCAUCUCAUCUCGGGAGAAUCCAGGGGUGGGGGGGGAGUGGCUUUUCGUUGUCUUUGCACUGUUUUGGCUGCACAAGGUGUGGGAUGGGGCAGGUGAUAUACCUCAAACCAGCUGGAGAUGUAGCAGGCUGCUGGCACGGGGCUCUGCCCUGGGCUGUGAACUGGGCUCUUGGGAUGUGCUGGGUCCAAACCAGCCAGGUCCUGGCACUUCCCUUUGCUGUGCUGAGAAACCCAACUGGAUCUAGCUGAGAAGAUGCUCUGAUGCCAACUUUGGUUUUGGUGUUUUUUCGUUUUGUUUUCUUUUUCAUAUUGAAAGAAGAGUGAAGAAAGAGGAGGAGGAGGAGGAGGAGGAGAGGGAAAAAAAGUGCCUUGGGUGAGGCACAGCUUCUUUAUUUAUUGCUUUUGUCCAGCUUGAUGUAAAAGUGGAGCAGCACAAAGCUGUGCUUGGCCCCAGAAGGGUCUCCCAGAUGUUGUUGCUGGGCUGGGUGGAGGUGUCUGUGCCCCUUGUCUCUCCUGCUGCACGUCGGAGCUCUGUUGCACUAUCGCCGUGUGCCCUCUCCAGGGUGGGUUUUUCCCUCUCCUUCCUACAGAGUGGGCUUGAGGGGGGGUUAAAAAAAGCAAAACUCAUUAAAUGAAAAGCAAAUGGUCAA